UUUUGCUUUACUUUAUUAAAUUUUUUAAUAAUUUCGAUCUCUAAAUUUAUCCAAAGUUGUCUUCCUCACCUGGAAGCAAUGGCUCUCUGCCUCUCAGCUUCAAAAUCCAUUGCUUUCAACAUAAGAUGCAGCAAUUCUACAAGUGAUCCUCUUCCGUCUUCCUCUGUUUUCAAAUCCCUCAGAAUUCCCCGUUUCUGGCCAUGGCAAAAGGUAAAGAUGGGACCUUUGACAGUAUCUCCAAUGGGGUUUGGUACUUGGGCAUGGGGCAAUCAGCUUCUCUGGGGAUAUCAAGAUUCCAUGGACUCUGAACUUCAGCAGACUUUCAAUCUUGCUGUGGAGAAUGGGAUUAACCUAUUUGAUACAGCUGAUUCUUAUGGGACUGGAAAGUUAAAUGGACAAAGUGAGAAACUUCUUGGAAAAUUCAUUCGCGAGUUUCCAGGAGACAAGCAAGUAAAGAAUGACAUCGUUAUUGCAACAAAAUUUGCAGCAUACCCAUGGCGCCUAACACCUGGACAAUUUGUGAAUGCUUGCAAGUCUUCUCUGGAAAGAAUGGAAAUCGAGCAAAUUGGAAUUGGACAAUUGCAUUGGUCAACUGCAAAUUAUGCACCUCUGCAGGAACGAGCUCUUUGGGAUGGUUUAGUUGCCAUGUACGAGAAGGGUUUAGUUCGUGCAGUAGGAGUGAGCAACUAUGGACCAAAGCAGCUGCUGAAAAUAUACAAAUAUCUUGAUGACCGAGGAGUACCUUUGCGCUCCGCCCAGGUACAAUUUUCAUUGCUAAGUAUGGGAAGUGAUCAGAUGGAGAUAAAAAAUAUAUGUGAUUCACUAGGCAUACGGGUCAUAGCAUACAGUCCUCUGGGUCUUGGUAUGCUCACUGGUAAAUAUACGCCCUCUAAUCUUCCACCUGGGCCAAGGGGAUUACUCUUUAGACAAAUUUUGCCUGGAUUGGAGCCUCUACUUACCUCACUGAGAGAAAUAGCUCAAAGACGUCGGAAAACAGUACCACAGGUAGCUAUCAACUGGUGUAUAUGCAAGGGUACAAUUCCUAUCCCUGGAAUCAAGUCUGUAAAACAAACUGAAGAGAACCUAGGAGCCCUUGGUUGGCAACUCAGUUCUGAUGAAUUGCUCCAAUUAGAAUUCGCAGCUCUUGAUUCUCCACAGAAGAUGAUCCAAAACGUAUUUCAGACAAAGUGACAACUUCUCCAAAUAAUCAAUAUGUUUAGGAAGAGAUACUUACAUAUAGAAGGCAAUAUUCGAGCUAAAGGAUAUCAAUGAACACAUUUGGAUCAUUAGCUCUUCCAAAAUGCAUAUUCUCAAAUAUCUGCAAGGUAGCUUUGUGCAAAGUGUAAUUUAUAUCCUAUUCACGGUGGUAACAUUUUAUAUAUUUGUCUCAAGGCAAAGAGUAGGAUCACAA